UGUCGGCGUCUGCUGCUUGAGUUUAAAGGGCAAGAGUGUUCAUCAUUCUCUCUGCUCAGAGAGAAAACUUUGGACAUUUCAGAGUUUUGAGGAGGAUUUCUAGAACCUAAGGAGAUUAGCCCACGUCAAAAGACUUCGCCUGAGAACUCGCCACAGCAUAAUUUCAGCGAUACUCAUAGAUAUAAAAAGUUUACCAGGUGGGAAGUCAACCGCUGUUUUUGCAUCCUACUUACUGUAAUUGAAAGAUUACGUUUUGUCCAGAAGUAUUGAGGAGUUUCAGCUCCUGAAAGCCGGUUGGUGUGUGUGGGAGUGAAAGAGAUGGUGCGGUUCGGAGCUGAUAGCUGAUGGAGCUGAUAGCUGACGGAGCCGAUAGCCGACGGAGCUGAUAGCUGAGUGAGCUGAUAGCUGACGGAGCUGAUAGCUGACGGAGCUGAUAGCUGACGGAGCUGAUAGCUGAGGGAGCUGAUAGCUGAGGGAGCUGAUAGCUGACGGAGCCGAUAGCCGACGGAGCUGAUAGCUGACUGAGCUGAUAGCUGACAGAGCUGUAGUAGGAUGAGAUGAGAGAGGAUGGAACACUCGGACAGCCCCGCCUCCCCCAGCAGCGACCCCAACGGGUUCGUCAAUAAAGUCUUCAACGUGUCUCUGGAUGUGCAGAAUGAGACCGGCACCGUAUCUAUCCAGGAAACUGGGAAGGGAGAGGGACAGGGAGAGGGUCAAGGAGAAGGUCCGGGGCCAGGCCAAACCCAGAGAGAGUGGCAGGAGGCUGGGGAUAGACAGGCAGAGCCCCAGGCACCCCCUCAGACCCCUGGAAAGGAGCGCCCGGAGGUCAACCGUAGAACAAGAGCGACUGGGGGCAUCUGGAAGAUCUUGACCCGGCGUAGAGUGGCCUCAGAGCUGGAUAACAGAAGACCUCACUCCAUGAUCCUCCCUGGAGAGGAGGCCUUCAUCCCUAAACUGUCCUUCGCUGACAAGGUCCGCUCCAUCAAGAAGCUCCGCUCUCCGGGUGUCUUCAAGGGGAGGGUGGGGAAGAUGUCUGGGUCCAACACUAAGUUCAGAGACGGAGAGACGGAGGACGACUCGUUCUGCCGGGACUUCCUCCCCUCGCCCGGCCUGCACCCCUGUAGGAGCACACUCCGCCACCGUGCAAAGAGGCAUUCGUAUGCCGGACACACCGCCGAGUUCGACUGCUCAUUUGAGGACAUUGAUUUGACAGCUACCCUGGACAGACACCAUCUUCACUCACUAGUGGAGCCUCUUACCCAGAACGGUUCUAAGCCCACAGAGAGAGUCCCCUACUCCAAGAGACCUCAGGUCCAGGCUCAGGCGCAGGCCAAUCACUCCUCUAACUGUAACAGUACCUCAGCAGGAGUGUGUGAGGAGCAGAGUGUGAGGGGCAGCCCCAAGGUCCAGCUGGGUGGGAGGAGAUCUAAGAGAGCUGACGUGUGGAGUUACCUGAGGAGGAUCUCUGUCCUGGGGAAGGGGAACCCGGCCUACUCAGAGAGGAGUUUUGACUCAGAGCUCCACACACUGGACAAGACCAUGGACUCUGACUACGGCUCGGUGGACUUCGAGAGUGUCAGGGACUUUCAACCAGCGGCUCCAAAGCACUCUGACAGCAAAGGCGGACAUUUUGGGGGUCUGAUUAAGUUCUUCAGCAACGUUGCGGAGACGGCUAGAAAAUGGCGGACGUCUUCGCGCUCCUUCUCUCCUCCAGAGGAGGGAGGGGAGCGGUCGCCGCUGGGCUCCCCCAGAGCAGGGCAGCAUCUGGGGGACUACGUCCACAGUGUGUCCCUGACUCUCCGCAGUGAGGACCACCCAGAGUGUCCCCCAACACCCAACUCACCCCUGACCCCUCAUCCCCCUCGCUCCCCUGCCUGUGACCCUGCCUCACCCCCAACUCUACUAGGCAGACGGUCUCCUCAGGUGAUGCUGAAGGCCUGGAGGGUGAGUCCGGACUCAUCAAGCGUUAACGGCCUGGUGUGUGUGAGCUCAUUGGAGACGGACAGACAGAUGGACAGACAGACUGAGAGACACACGUCUGUAGCCACAGUAGAGAAUCACGAGCCACACUCAAGGCUGGAGAGAGAGACUCAGAAAGAGAGAGAGACAGAGGUAGACAGAGACCACUUAGAAUGUCUGUCUACAGUGGAAGAGAGAGAAAGAGAGGGAGGAGAGGGACACUCAGGAAAUUACCUGGAUUCCAAGGAUGCUCUAACUGUCUCAGAGCAGACACACCUUCCAAACGGCCAAUCAGAGUUAUGGGAAGGAGAGAUCGUAGCCACUAAGGAGCCAGCAGGAAACUGCCACCAGGAAGUAUUUAAGGCCCUGUCUCGUCCCCCGGGGGCGUCACCUUUAGAGCCCCCCCUCAGAGUGUCUCUUCAGAGGUGUCACUCCCUCCCUCUCCCCCCCAGCACCCUCACCACUCUGGCCCUGUUCCCGGGAUACACAGACUCCCAGUCAUCCUCAGUGUGUCUUGAUGAUGGAGAGGCUGGCAGCUGCAGGAGGAGACUGCUCAGAACAGGCUCUGGUCCACUACAAGUCAACAUUGUGAGUCACUGCCCACCAUGUCCUAUAAUGUCACUAUAUUAGCCUGUUAGCAUGUUAGCCUGUUAGCAUGUUAGCAUGUUAGCCUGUUAGCCUGUUAGACUGUAA